AUGUUACACGAACUUAUUUACAGCUCUAUCGGUCUGGUGCUUCUGGCCUACGCUCUAGACUAUGCGAUCGGGUUCACAAACGAUGUGCGGGAACCAAAGCGUGUGAAUCCAAAGGUUCCCUUAAUCGGCCAUCUUCUUGGGAUGGUAAAGUAUGGUGGGUCAUACUUUACGCACACGAGUAUAAGAACCAAAGACGAGAUAUACACGCUCCCCAUCUUCAACGCCAAGAUCUACGUGAGCAACUCGUUGCGUCUGGUGCCCUUGAUCCAAAAGGCCUCUAAGACACUCUCGUUCCGCCCGUUUCAUAAGACAUCUAUACAAAAGAUAUCUGGCUGUUCAGCGGCAGGUGCUAACUUAUUCGACGGGUCUCUUACCGAUGACUAUGAUCGUAUUUUGAGGACGACACUGGCACCAGGCCCCUGGCUGGAUGAGCAGAAUCUGCGCAUGGGACAUAGUAGUGCUGCCCAGAUCGACGCUAUGAUUAAGGAUGGGGAAGAGAAGAAGAUUUUGUUACUGGAAUGGGCGAGACAUAUAAUUGUACAGGCUAGUAGCUGUGGUAUUUUUGGUCAAGAACAUCCCUUUCUAGAUCCAGAGGUUGAAAAGGCGUUUUGGAAACUCCAAGCCCAUUUACCCAUACACAUGGCAAGCCUGGAUUUCUUCGGGCAAGUCGUGAAAUCACACGAGGUGAUGCAUAAAGCUUUUCUAAAUUACUGCGCAGCACCACCCGCCGACGCCGCACGCACUCUACUCGAGCGGCAGCGCGUGUUAAGAGAAGCAGGGAUGAGCUUCGAGGACGCCGCUAAGCAGGAAACGAGCAUGUGUAUGGCCAUGUUUGGGAGCACGGUGCCGACGCUGUACUGGACGAUCUGGGAGCUUUUCUCGCGGCCUAAGGUCCUGGCGGAAGUCAGGGAAGAAAUAGAAACACAGGCUGUUUCUCGGAAGCCAGGGGAGGAGAAAGAGACACAUGAUGCUGAUGCUGAAACUGAUUUCCUGCUUGACGUUACUGCUCUCAAGACCCGAUGUCCCCUCCUCCUAUCUGUCUUCCAGGAGACGCAGCGCACGCGCCAUGUACACGCCAACAUUCGGUUGGUCUUAGAAGACACGUUUCUCGACGACGGGCGGUAUCUCCUGCGCAAGGGGAACUUCUUAAUGAUGCCCGGGUCUCCCAUCCACCGCGACGUAAGCGUAUGGGGACAAUCCGCCGGUACAUUUAACCCCUACCGCUUUGUACCUAACCCGAGCAAAGUCGUCUCAGCCGAUGCCGUACCCCCUCCUAGCGGCUUUCUCUCCUGGGGAGCACCGCCAUACCUCUGUCCGGCGCGGCAGUUCGCAUCUACGGAGAUCCUGAUUAUAAUGGCGCUGCUUGCGAUGCAGGUCGAUCUAAUACCCGCAACAAACAACAGCCAGUGGGAACAGAGCCCCGCUUUGGACUAUGGCGAGCUGGUUACGGUUUUCAACCCGGCUAGGGAUGUGGAAAUGUAUAUGAAGCCUAGGGAGCAGGGAGUGGGGAAGUGGACUCUGAAGAUGGGGGAGAGUAAGACGAGAGUACCUAUUGCAUCUGGUUAA